AUGUCAGCGCUUCCAGACGACGUGAACACAACCUUGAUCGAGGUCUUAAACGGAUUUUCAUCACCCGUCAAUGAGAUUCGUGCCGCUGCUGAGGAUGCUCUGAACAAAAACUGGAUUACGCCCGAGAACAUUGAGAUUCUCUUGCUAUUUUUGGCAGAGCAAUCUGCGUAUUCCGGGGAUAUGACGUUAGCAGCACUUUCGGCUGUGUUAUUCAGGAAACUGGCUCUGCGAGCUCCUCCUUCAUCUAAAACUGUGAUUAUUGCCAAAAAUAUCACUCACAUCAGCGGAUCUGUGUUGUCACAGAUUAGGGCCACGCUAUUGAAAGGUUUUGUUACAGACAGGCCAGGCGGAAUUCGUCACAAACUUUCGGAUGCAAUUGCAGAGUGUGCUCAGGAGGAUUUGCUUGAUUGGUCAGAACUUUUGCCAGCGCUUUUUGAAGCGAUCAAGAAUCCAGAUCCCAACUUUCGUGAAUCCAGUUUCCGUAUUUUCACUUCAGUGCCACAUCUCAUCAAUGCUGUAGACAUCAACAGCGUUCUGCCCAUUUUCGAGGCCGGCUUUACUGAUAUCGACGAUAACGUGAAAGUCGCGGCUGUCACUGCAUUUGUCGGAUAUUUCAAGCAGUUGCCUAAGCAACACUGGUCCAACCUCGGAGUGCUUCUACCAAGUUUACUGAAUAGCCUACCCAAUUUUCUGGAUGAUGGGAAAGACGAUGCCCUGGCCUCGGUAUUUGAAUCUUUGAUAGAGCUUGUGGAACUAGCUCCAAAACUUUUUAAAUCCAUGUUUGAUCAAAUGAUUCAGUUCACAGACAUUGUUAUUAAAAACAAAGACCUAGAAACAUCUGCAAGAACAACAGCCCUAGAACUAUUGACGGCAUUUAGUGAAAGCGCCCCCCAAAUGUGUAAAGCAAGCUCCAACUAUUCCCAAUCGCUGAUCAUGAACACACUUCUCAUGAUGACUGAAGUUUCCAUUGACGACGAUCAGGCAUCCGAAUGGCACAAUUCUGACGACACUGAUGAAGAUGAUGAAGAAGUAACUUACGAUCACGCUCGUCAAGCCCUGGAUCGCGUCUCGCUCAAAUUAGGCGGCAAAUACCUAGCCCCAACACUAUUUCAGUAUUUACAGCAAAUGGUCACCUCAUCUGAAUGGAGAGAAAGAUUCGGGGCUCUAAUGGCUUUGUCCUCAGCUGCUGAAGGCUGCAGAGAUGUUUUGAUUGGUGAAAUCCCAAAGAUAUUAGACAUGAUUAUCCCACUUGUCAAUGAUCCUCAUCCCAGAGUUCAGUACGGUUGCUGUAACGCUUUGGGCCAAAUAUCAACCGAUUUUGCGCCAUUAAUUCAAAGAACUUCUCAUGAACGCAUCAUUCCGCCUCUAAUAUCGAAACUUACGCCUCAGUCAGUAGAUCGCGUACAAACUCACGCUGCCGCUGCGCUCGUAAAUUUUUCUGAGCAUGCAACUCAAACAAUUCUGGAACCCUAUCUGGACGAUUUACUAACAAAUCUGCUUACUUUGUUGCAAAGCACCAAGUUCUAUGUUCAAGAACAAGCACUGACAACAAUUGCAUUCAUUGCCGAAGCCGCUGAGAAAAAAUUCAUCAAAUACUAUGACACUUUGAUGCCUUUGUUGAUUAAUGUGCUAAAGACGGACACAGGCAGUGCCAAUAGAUUAUUAAAGGGUAAGUGUAUCGAGUGCUCUACCUUAAUUGCUCUUGCUGUUGGUAAAGAGAAGUUUAUGACACAAUCGCAGGAACUGAUCGAACUUUUCAUCGUUUAUCAAAAUCAUGGGAUUGAGGAUGACGACCCUAUCAAGUCAUACUUAGAGCAUGGUUGGAGUCGAAUUUGCCGUAUUCUUAGGGAAGAUUUUGUUCCGUUACUGCCAGUCGUCAUACCUUCUCUUCUGGAGACCGCCAAAGCCACUCAAGACGUAAGUUUAAUUGAAGAGGAAGAAGCUGCCAACUUUCAACAGUAUUCUGAUUGGGACGUUGUUCAAAUUCAAGGGAAACAUAUUGCUAUUCAUACUUCCAUUCUAGACGAUAAGGUUUCAGCUAUGGAAUUGUUACAGGUUUACACGAAUAUUUUAAAAAAUUACUUCGCAGUGUAUGUGGGGGAGAUUAUGAAGGAAAUUGCUAUCCCAUCGAUCGAUUUCUAUUUGCAUGAUGGCGUCAGAGCGACUGGUGCAGGUCUGAUUCCUGUACUUCUGUCCGCUUUGGUCUCUGCGACGGGUUUACAAAACAACGAAGUUCUACAACUAUGGCACCUGGCCUCCAGUAAACUGCUGAACGGCAUAAUGAUCGAACCCAUGCCCGAAAUCACACAAAUUUAUCACACGGCUUUAGUUGAUGGCUUAGCUAUAAUGGGCGAAAACAGCUUGAAUGAAGAUCAGUUGACUCAAUACACGAAAGGAAUGUCUGCCAAUCUCUCAGAUAUUUAUGAACGUGUGAAACAGCGGCGCAGUCAGGAAGACGAAUAUAAUGAGGACGUUGACGACGAUUUUGAGGAUUACACGGAUGAAGACCUGUUAGACGACAUUAAUAAAUCGUUAGCUGCAGUCUUCAAGUCUACGUGCGGAGCUUACCUUAAUCAGUUUCAAGCUUUGUGGCCCCUUGUGAUCACCUAUCUUAGAGACGGCGAAGUCAUUUUGACGCUAUUCGCGUUAUGUGCUAUUGGAGACAUGGUAGAAAACGCUGGCCCUGCAACAGAGCCUUUGAAAAAAGACUUCAUAAACGAUGUCAAAGAUAGCCUCUUAUCUCCAGAUGCUUCUAUUCGUCAAGCAGCAUCUUACGUGAUUGGUGUAUGUGCGCAACACAGUCGAGAGGCUUAUGCACAAGAGUGUCUGGAGUCUCUAGAAAUUCUGAACCGCGUGAUAUCCAUCCCUGACUCUAAAUCUGAAGAAAACGUUACAUCGACAGAAAACGCUAGCGCUGCUAUUGCUAAGAUCCUUCACAGUUACGGAAGCAAUAUACCUGACUACGAUACGUACGUGUCAACCUGGUUGAAGUCUUUCCCAAUGAUACAAGACGAAGAGGCAGCCGCCUUCAAUUAUAGAUUUUUAGCCCAUCUGAUCGACUCUACUUCCCCUGUUGUCACAAACCAAGCCGUUCUUCCAAACGUGGUAGAUUACGUGGUGCAGGCCUUGCAUCACAAAUCUCUUGUGGGUAAAAACGCAAAAGCCGUCGUUGAGUCCACCAAAAAACUUUUGGGUUCCUUGCCUCAAAACGAAGCCAUGGCUUUAUUCCAAAGGUAUCCAGCUGAUGUUGUCCAGGAAAUUCAGCACUGGUUUGCGUGA